AUUCAACAAGAGGGUUGGAUCGGGUAUUUUCUACAACGAGUGGAGUGGAGUCUCGUCUUUGAAGUCAAAUUAUUCAUUCAUCAGCUGUGGAGUUUAGAGAAUCGAUCGAUUGUUCAUAAUGUGGAAGCUAAUUUACGCAGUAAUCUUGCUGUUCGUAUGUUCAAGAGCAGAAAAGCUGAGCUCCAAAGAGUGUGAGGAGCUAGGGUUUACAGGUCUCGCCCUAUGUUCCGAUUGUAAUGCUCUCGCCGAAUACGUCAAGGAUCAAGAACUACUCUCUGAUUGCAAAAAGUGCUGUGCUGAAGAUUCUGAUGACUCCAUUAGCAAGAUAAUCUACUCUGGUGCUGUUCUUGAGGUUUGUAUGAGGAAGCUCGUGUUCUAUCCAGAAGUUGUCAGUUUCAUUGAAGAUGAGAAGGAAAAGUUCCCUUCUGUUAAAAUUCAAUAUCUAUUUAACGCUCCACCAAAGUUGAUAAUGUUGGAUGAUGCUGGACAACAUAAAGAAAUCAUAAGAAUUGACAACUGGAAACGUGAACACAUGCUGGAAUUCUUGAGGGCAAAGCUGAAGCCAAUAUCAGCAAUUUGAUUGGUCAGUUUGCUUAUGGCUUAUGCAGUAUCUCAUUUUGAACAAUUUACUAAACUAUUUUUGCAACUUAUAGAACAAUUAUUUCUUCCUUUUAUCAUCUGUUAUAUUCUACACUAGUUCAUAGAUAUGCAAGAUUUUUAAUGCAUGAUUAAUC